ACAAAAUGGGCUUCCUCGACGGAUCUGUCAAACAACCAAACUCAGACGUUGCUCUCUACUUUACUUGGCUUCAGUGGAUGCCUGGGUCGGAGGCCCCGACAAAAUGUGGCUUGCUGAGAAGGGUGAAUCCUAUUAUCAAGGUGGAGAGUUCUUCACCCAACUUCUCAUCUACCGGAAGCUGGCCCAAUACUUCAAUGUGUCCCUGGAAGACUUUAAGCCGGAGGCCUAUGGCCUUCCCCCCUCGGCAACCAGACGUCAGGGCCCCCUUCCUCCGGGUGAAAAGAGGCCGGUGCUUGAAGACUCCAAAACCUUGAGGGAAUGCGGCUUUGGUGGCGAUGAAGAUGAAGGCGAGGGUGGUGCUACCUGCAUUGCUUCCGAGGAAGACACUGCCACUUGUACUUAAGAAAUUUCCUGAUCAAUGCUUUGUAAUGACAUUUUCAGCUCUGGC